AUGGGAAGCAGAAUAAUUGCCCAAGCCAAAAAAAAUCUUCGUGAUUAUAAAAUAAUUGAAAGACUAGUAGUCGGAAUGGCGUUGACUGGCAAUGAAAUAAAAUCUCUUCGCAGUCGUCAGGUUUCAAUUGGUGAGGCUUAUGUUUUGCCUCAACAGAAUGAAUUGUAUAUUAUUAAUAUGCACAUUGCUGCUUAUUCUCAUGCUAGUGAGUUAGCGAAGAUUGACACGAGGAGAAAAAGAAAACUACUUCUUAAAAGAAGGGAAAUAAAUAAAAUAAUUGGCACGAUGAAAGCCAAAAAUUAUGUACUUAUUCCACUUCAACUUUUUAUCACUAAUAGGGGGUGGGCUAAGUUAGAAAUUGCUCUGGCUCAGCAUUUGCGAAAAUACCAAAUAAAGGAAGAAGUUAGAGAAAAAGAAAUCAAAAGAAAACUUCGUCGAGAAGAAUAUUAUUAA